AUGGACUCACUCAAAGAAUUUCAGUCUCUUGGAAAGUUUACAAUUCUCGACUCGGAGAAUUAUAGUUUUUGGAAAGUGAAGACAAUGAAUCUCAUCAAAGGAAUUGAUGAAGAUGCUUGGAGUUCAGUGGAAGAAGGAUGGAGUGCCCCAAUCGACGUGAAGGAUGGGAAGGAGAUUUUGAAAUCCAGAUUUGAUUGGACACCGCAAGAGAAUAGAGCAUCUGCACUGAGUUCAAAAGCAAUAACCAUCAUCUUGAACACUGUUGAUAAUGUGACACCCAAAAUCCGUAUCCCGCAAUACGACCUCGGUGCUGCGUUGGCCGCUUUGUUUCCCACGGUUUUGGCAAUCCAUGGCGAGGACGAGCUGUUGGAUCGGUGUGAGGGAGUUUACACGUUCGGACAGCCGAGGGUUGGAGACGAACAAUUCGGGGAAUUCAUGAAGGGUGUUAUGAACAAGCAUGGUAUCAAGUACAAGAGAUUCGUGUAUUGCAAUGACUUGGUGCCAAGAAUUCCCUUUGACGACACUAUGUUGUUCGGGUUCAAGCACUAUGGGCCUUGCAUUUACUUCAAUACUCUCUACAAAGGGAGGGUGUGUGAGGAUCAACCGAACAAAAACUACUUUUCUAUAUUGUGGUUCAUACCAAAGUUAUUAACCGCGGUUUGGGAGCUUAUAAGGAGCUUCAUAAUACCGUUUUGGAAGGGAAAAGACUUCAAAGAGAAUUGGUUGAUGAGGCUUAUUAGGGUUAUGGGUUUGCUGCUUCCGGGUGCAUCCGACCAUUUCCCUUGCGACUACGUAACUUCCAUGCGUCUCGGAGGUUUGCCUAAAGAAUCUCCGGACGAGAAGUUAUCUCUAAUUGUCUGAAGACAAAAGAUCCAUCAAAAGAAUCUGCAGAGUCUUUUUA